GGGGGAGGGAAGCGGAACCCGGAUGCUGAUGCUGACCGUAUUGGAUGAAUAGAAUAGAAGGAUGCAGGAGGGGAGGAGGACUAAAGAGAACGGGACCGUUACGGACUGCAGAGUGCUGGAUGAAGGCCAUCCCGUCAGUGAUGAGCAACUUCUGAAACAUCAAGUGUGCUUUUUGGACUGAUCUCUUUUUCGCUCGGAGGAGAUGCGGACAUAGGAUGAGCACGGUCGGCCGGGGAGAGGAGAACUGUGCGGUCCACCAGACUAGCUGAGCCGAGGAUGCCGCUUUGGGCUUCCUGGAACAAGCGUCACCGGAGGCGGCACUUUUCCCCGUCUUCGUGAUCCAAAAUCUCCGUUCGGAAUCAGGGCGGGUUCGUCUUGUCUGGCCCGGUCUGUCAGCGCCUCUUUGACGACCGCCCUCCCUCCCUCCCUCCCCCUUCUUCCUCUAUUUCCUGAUGCAGGGCCGAGGAGGGGGUGAGCCAAAGUGUGUACCGGAUAUUGGAAAAGCCAUUCUGGAUGCUGAUGCUGCUGCCGCUGCCGCUGUGAUAAUAGACGAUUAUCUAGUCUAACGUCGAACGAGCGAGCACAUGAACCCAUCAAGGCUGUAGAGAAGAAGACGCAAGCUAAGACGAAUGUAUUUUUGACAUUAGGAGAGAGGAAGGAAGGAAGGAAAGGGGGGGGGGGGGGGGGGUCCCUAGUAUCGAUCGGAGCAUGGAUUGAGGCAUUCUGACUUGGGAUAUUUGAGACUCUGCACUUGCAGAAAUCAAUCUGUUAGUCUUCCUGUUCACGUCUGAGUAAGAUCUGCACCACUUUAGUACAAACGCACGCACUCAAAGAAGGAGCAGGGUGGCUAUUCAUAUUUUGGGAGCACCUCCACCGUCACGUCAUCCCCCUCUGAUCUCCACGUUUUUCUACGUAAAAACCGAUCAUCCCAGUAAAAGACCACAUUGGUUUCUUACUUUCGUAAGAUUGUUUUUUUUUUUUUUUUUUUUUUUGGGUGGGGGCGGGCUUGGAGGCUAUACGACAAACAAGUGAAUGGGAGUAGCCUGCAGGGCCCGGCGUUAGAUCACGACCACCUCCGACGCCAAAGUCUUCUGGGAUGAGCCUUGCUGCAUUGCGAGUCGAAACGGCUCCUCAGCUCUUUUGAUUCGUCUCCUCUGAAACUGGCUGGAUUUUUUGGGGCAAUGUCGGGGAAAAUGAGCAGCAAGGAACUGGGCCAGUCCAACCAGUACGUGGGGCCUUACCGGCUGGAGAAGACCCUCGGGAAGGGACAGACUGGACUGGUGAAGUUAGGUGUGCACUGUAUAACGGGACAGAAAGUUGCCAUAAAGAUUGUCAACAGAGAAAAACUGUCAGAAUCAGUUCUCAUGAAGGUGGAGAGAGAAAUAGCUAUUCUGAAACUAAUUGAGCACCCUCAUGUUCUGAAGCUGCAUGAUGUCUAUGAAAAUAACAAGUAUCUGUACCUGGUGUUGGAGCAUGUGUCUGGUGGGGAGCUCUUUGACUACCUGGUGAAAAAGGGCAGGCUGACCCCUAAAGAGGCCAGGAAGUUCUUCAGACAGAUCAUCUCCGCUCUGGAUUUCUGCCACAGUUACUCCAUAUGUCACAGAGACUUGAAGCCUGAGAAUCUUCUCCUGGAUGAGAAGAACAACAUCAGGAUUGCCGAUUUUGGCAUGGCCUCAUUACAGGUUGGGGACAGUCUACUAGAAACUAGUUGUGGAUCCCCGCAUUAUGCUUGCCCUGAAGUCAUUAGGGGGGAGAAGUAUGACGGCCGUAGGGCAGAUGUCUGGAGUUGCGGAGUCAUCCUUUUUGCACUUCUUGUGGGUGCUUUGCCGUUUGACCACGACAACCUACGGCAGCUUCUGGAAAAGGUGAAAAGUGGAGUGUUCCAUAUGCCCCACUUUAUACCACCUGACUGUCAAGCGCUGCUCAAAGGGAUGAUAGAAGUCAACCCUGACAAGAGACUCACGCUAGAAGCAAUACAGAUCCACGCUUGGUACCAGAGCGGUCGCAACGAGCCGUGCCCUGAGCAGCCCCCUCCUCGUCGCGUGUGUGUGACAAGGGUGCUAUCGUUGACCGACCUGGACCCUGAUGUUCUGGAAAGCAUGUACUCUUUAGGCUGCUUCCGGGAUCGGGUCAAACUCACACGGGACCUUACGAGUGAGGAAGAGAACCAGGAAAAGAUGAUUUACUACCUCCUGUUGGACAGAAAAGAACGCUACCCCAGCUAUGAGGAUGAAGACCUGCCCCCGAGAAAUGACGCCGACCCACCUAGGAAGCGCGUAGACUCGCCGAUGCUGACCCGCCACGGCCGUUGUAGACCAGAGAGGAAGAGUCUGGAAGUUCUCAGUGUGACUGAACAGGGCUCUCCCACCCCACCCCGCAGGAAUCUGGACACUAAUGCACACAGUCAAAGGUCUCGCUCAGUGAGUGGAGCAUCCACGGGUCUCUCUUCUAGUCCUCUCAGCAGUCCCAGGAGCCCGGUGUUCACUUUCAGCCAAUCGGAAGUAACCACAGCUUCCUCUAAAGAUCCCAAAGCAGCGAGCGCAACCACCCCUCGGCCUAUCCGCCCGGCGCCCGACCCCAAAACUCAGACCCUCCCGUCCAAAGGCCCCACUGAGCGUCCCCAUCUCAACUCCAUGAAGUCCCUCCCGCUCCAGACCCCACGCACUCCAUCCCCAUCCCCCUCUCCGCUUCUCUCUCCCAUCCCUCGCUUUUUCAACUUUCCCUCUCCGUCUGUGUUCAAGUCCAAGAAUGCCCACUCCUCUAACUCCUCUGCCGCCACUCCUCCUGUGUCGCAGGUCACGCCGCAAGGCUCACCUCUCCCCACCCCGUUGGGCACGCCCGUGCACCAAAUCCAACACCCUUCCUCCACAACCCCUCCCUCCUCCUCCUCCUCAUCUUCUUCUCCCAGAGGGGAUGGAUCUGGAGGGGCUUCACUGUCACUGACGCCGCCCUCCAGUCCAGGUAGCAGCGGCGGCCUAGCCUCCUCUAGCUCCGCCCACUGGAGAACGAGGCUCAACUCGUUCAAAAACAACCUGCUGGGCUCGCCACGCUUCCACCGGCGCAAACUCCAAGUCCCAACAUCAGAGGACAUGUCCAGUUUAACUCCAGAGUCCAGUCCAGAACUGGCCAAGAGGUCCUGGUUUGGCAAUUUCAUCAGCCUGGAGAAAGAGGAGCAAAUCUUUGUUUUGAUUCGAGACAAACCCCUCAGCUCUAUCAAGGCAGACAUUGUCCAUGCAUUUCUUUCGAUCCCUUCCUUAGGUCACAGUGUUGUGUCUCAGAACAGUUUUCGAGCUGAGUACAAAUCCUCUGGUGGCCCGUCUGUUUUCCAGAAGCCUGUCAAGUUCCAAGUGGACAUUGGCUUCUCUGAAGGAGACCGGGAACUGGAAAGGGAGCGAGCAGAGAGGGAAGGCAGAAAAGCGCUUGGCAUAUACAGCGUCACCUUCACCCUAAUAACAGGUCCGAGUCGCAGAUUCAAGAGGGUGGUGGAAACCAUCCAAGCUCAGCUCCUUAGUACUCAUGAUCAGCCUUCUGUGCAGGCACUGGCUGAUGAGAAGAACGGCAAACCCUCCCGGCAGCCCGGCACACCUUCGCGUCAGAAUUCCAAGCGUUCGGAAAGUGAUCGGUGUGAGAAGGAGCGUGCGGCGGCGGCGGCGGAUGCGGCGAGUGGAAGCGGCAACAACGACGACGGAGGUAUCUUACAAAGGCAAGGGUCGGGGAAAGAAAAAACUCAAUUUCUCUCCACAACCAAUGGGACACAGUCACACCCCUGAACAGAAUGCUAUGAAGAAGAGGCGGGAUAUCUACUCUGUCCUUUAUCCUACCCGCAUCCAGUUUUUUCCUUCUUUCUGCCUUGCUACUUCAGUUCAUAGCGGCGGAUUGGAAAAGCGAAAAGAUUUAACGUAAAGCUCCGUGGAUUUUUCUCAGUCCUCAAGGAGAAAUCAGAAGGAAGAUCUCCACCACCCAAAAAAAAAAAAAUCCCACCUUAGAAGAAAAUGUCACAAGAAAAACACAUUCACACGCUAAUGAAGAAAGCACACGACCUGCUCACUAACGUACGGGAUGCUUCACUUACUUCACACUUUGGUGCAAGCUUCUGAUCAACAUCCAAUGACAGACGUUUUCAUUCCUCAUUUCCAGUUUUCAUGAAUGCUUCUCAACUUGACCUUUAACCUGACAUCAUGACUUACAUGACUUUACGGAAUGUCUAUUUAAAAUGAGCAAAAAAAAAAUCCAAGCUUGUGUCUUGAGAAAUGACGAAGAACUGGAUGGGUCUGAAUUACAGGAGGGAUGCUGUAUUAUGGCAAAAACAAAGCAAAAACAUCACAGAAGAUGGAUCUGAUACUUAUGUGAUAUAUAUAAAAAAAACAAUAAGGCCCACUGAUGCAUCUUAUCCUUGCAAUUGAUUAAGUUUCAUUUCUGAAUCAAAAUGAUAAACGCUAUGAUACCGUAUUGCCUUUAACGGAGGAGAAAUAGUGGAUCACCGUUUCGAUGUUUCCCCAUUUAUCACUUAGGAUGCGCACACCCACAUGUAGAGGAGUCCCUCAAGCAAAAAGAUGUUAGCGACAGGACACGUACGGAAUAGCUCACAUUGAAAAGUAACAGAAAGACAAAGGGGUUUUAUUUAGUUGUGUUUAUCAUCAUGUUGAUUAAAUCCCAAAUCCCUCGUGUUGUAUGUUUUUCAUCGACAUAUCUGAACUUGUUUUUUUCCAUGUCCCCGUACCAAAAUCCACUCUAACCUUUAGAUAUCGUUUUGUUUUAUUUGUCAGGCUAGCAGAAAAUAAUUGAUCAUGGCUACUAAUAUUAAUGCCCGCGACCCUCGUGAAGAUAAGAUGAAUGAAUGAAUUAUGAGAAAUUUGGAAACCAUCCCCAAACACCCAUUUAUUGAUUUAUUUGUUUAUUUUUCAAUGAUAUCAGAUAUCAGCCAAUGACAAGCAAUGUAUUGCUCCCAAAGGGCAAAAGAAAGAAUGUAAAACACAUUGAUUGUGAUGUCUGUCAUUGUAAAAAAAAAAAAAAAAAAAUUGUCGAGAGGGGGAAGGCAAGAGAAAUUGCGAGCCACAUAUGAUUGUUUUUUUUGUAGUCUACUCUGGUCUGUCUGUAUUUUCAUGCCACCAGCAAAAUAGGCCCUAUCAAUAUGAAUGUUUUACAUUUAAAGGUUUCUUUUUUUUCAAUUAUGUAUUUAUUAUUUCUCUCUCAUCGACCACCAAAGCUUUUAUUAUUGUGACAAUUGAUGCUGCAAAAACCCACCUGUAUUGUUAUGUGUUGUUAAUUUUGAACCCACUUUCUUAUUGUUUGCUACACUAAAUGACUUUCACCACCAAAGAUAAAAAUCUUACUCAAACAUAACAAAAGAUAAGAUAAGGCUUUAAGAAAUGUUUCUCUGUCAUUGUCACUCUUCGC